AUGAAAGAUGCGAUUCAAGACUUUCCCGUCAACUUGUUUUUCUGGUAUUUCGAGUCCCAGUCGAAACCAGAGGCUUCGCCACUUUCAAUAUGGUUGCAAGGGGGGCCGGGAGGAUCGUCCAUGUUCGGUGUCUUCGUGGAAAAUGGCCCUUGUAAUGUCAGUAAUGACUCUAGGAGAACAAGUGCAAACGGCUAUUCCUGGACGAAAUAUGCCAACAUGCUAUAUAUCGACCAACCUGUCCAGACCGGCUUCAGCUACGAUGUGCUGACCAACGGGAGUCUGGACCUGCUUUCAGGGAACAUAACUCCGCAAUCAGUUGAUGUGCAAUCAUUGAAUCGGCUUACUCGUCCGGGCACCUUCGGCAGCCAAACGCUUACUGCUACUGCCAACACUACCACCAACGCAGCACGACAUCUCUGGAACUUCGCCCAGGUGUGGCUUCAAGAGUUCAACGUCUACAAGAACAAGACCCGCAAUGACAGAGUCAGCAUUUGGACUGAGUCAUAUGGGGGACGUUAUGGUCCCGGGUUUGCGGCUUACUUUCACAAGCAAAAUGGCAAGAUUAACAGCGACAAUGGCACUUUCAAACCCAUCAACUUGGAUACCUUGGGGGUCAUCAAUGGAUGUAUAGAUCUCCUGACGCAGGAAACAUCUGACCCAGAAUAUGCCUACGACAAAAACACUUUCGGAAUUGCUGCCAUCAAUCGCUCCCAAUACGACGCGGCAUUGAGCGCCUAUUCAAGGUCAGGCGGGUGUCAAGAUCAGAUACAGAGUUGUCUUCGGCUUGCGAAAGAGAAAGAUCCAGACAUGUACGGGAAUGUGACGGAAGUCAAUCAGGCCUGUAACAAGACCAGUAACUUCUGCCAAGCCGAAGUGGAGGGGCCGUACAUCUUCACCAGCAAAAGAGGCUUUUACGAUAUCUCCCACUGUAAUUUGGAUCCGUUUCCACCGAACUAUUUCAUCGGGUAUCUGGCCGAAGACCGGGUCCAGCAGGCUCUGGGGGUUCCUGUGAACUUUACUCUCCUCUCGAAUACCGUCGGGAAAGCGUUCAACGAUACAGGUGACUACCCGAGACGAGACCGGAAGGGCUAUCUCGGAGAUAUAGGCUACCUCCUCGACUCGGGCGUGCAGGUAGCCCUGGUGUACGGGGAUCGUGACUUUGCCUGCAACUGGGUGGGGGGCGAACGCGCCAGCCUUAAUGUCAGCUAUAGAUCAUCAUCCAAGUUCAGAGAGGCGGGAUACGCCAACAUCACUAGCAGCAACUCCACCGUCUGGGGACAAGUUCGCCAGCAUGGGAAUUUUUCAUUCAGCCGGGUCUACCAGUCGGGACACAUGGUUCCCUCCUAUCAGCCGGAAGCGGCGCUGGAGAUCUUCCGGCGGGUGAUGACGGGCAAGGAUGUUGAGACCGGAAAAACCCGCAUCACCGAUGGCUACUCGACAAACGGCUCCGAGCAAUCCACGCACACCGACGGAGUCCCUCCGGCACCGGCUCCCACAUGCUAUCUUCUAGCCUUGGCGGGAACAUGUGCAGAGAACCAAAUCAAUGCAGUGAAAAAUGGAAGUGCCAAGAUCGAGAACUACGUGAUCACGAGCCCUGGCCAGGCCAAUGGCACGUGCCCCUAUACUUCUGCAUCUAAAAGUUCCGCUCGUGCGGGAUUAUCCCGCGGUCACUUGGUCCGUGGGUUCUAA